AUGUCGGACCAGGUCGCCUCGCGCUUCACGCCGCAAAACAAGACAACCCACGAGCGGCUGUCCACGACCACCGUCGGCCUCGUCGCCCUCUCCGACUUUCGCAAGCGGCGCGCGGAGGUGCUUGAGCAGCAGGAGCGCGAAGCCCGUGAAGCCGCCUUUGCAGGCCCCUCGGCCCCGGAUCGCUCGCAGACGAAUACGCCCGACCACCCCGGCAGCGACUCCGCCGGCGCAUCCAGCGGCGGGCCGGCAAAAAGGAAGAAACAGAAGAAGAAGCAGCAGCACCUGGGCAAGAAGCUCCUGUCGUUUGGCGAUGACGACGACGAGGUGGACGAGGAGCAAACGGCGGGCUACGAGGCAAACAACAAAAACGCAAACGGCCCUUUAAAGCCCAGAGAAUCGACCCAGGACGAUGCGACGCCCGCCCACGGCGACGGCGACGGGAAGCCCGGCCGGUUCAGGGCCAACGCAGCCGUCGGAGUCGUCCCCAGACCACUCACGAAAGCCGCGCUGCGCAAAGAGGCCGACGAGCGAGAGGCGCUGCGACGCGACUACCUGGCCCUGCAAGAGGCCAUAAAGGCGACCGAGAUUGCGAUACCCUUUGUCUUCUACGACGGCGCGCACAUUCCCGGCGGAACCGUGCGCCUGAAGAAGGGAGACUUUGUCUGGGUCUUUCUCGACAGGUGCCGCAAGGUCGGCGUUGGGCGCAAGAACGGCGAGCAGGGCCACCCGAGACGCGGAUGGGCUAGAGCCGGCGUCGACGACCUGAUGCUCGUCCGAGAUACCGUCAUCAUUCCUCAUCACUACGACUUCUACUACUUUGUCAUGAACAAAAACGUUGGGCCCGCUGGACGUCCUCUGUUUGACUUUAGCACCCAAGCAGCAGCAGCCUCGUCGAUGCCUGAUAUCAACACCCUCGAGGGUGCCGCCGACGACCCCAAAGUGACAAAGGUAGUGGAUCGGAGGUGGUAUGCUAGGAACAAGCACAUCUAUCCCGCCAGCACAUGGCAAGAGUUUGAUCCGGAGAGGGACUUUGCCAACGAGAUUCGUAAGGAUACAGGCGGCAACACCUUUUUCUUUUCCAAGUGA